GUGGGGAGAAACCCAUUCAUUCAUUGUUUUCAGUUCUUACUCUUUCGGGGAUCCUCCCUUGUCCCACAUGCUGUGGCAGAGCCGUCUGUGGGGGUCUCAUUUUCUGGAAGCCAUCCCCACCCCUCACCAUGGCUGGGGUUGUUGGAUAGAAGGAGGCUGGCCCUCUUUCUUUGGGGGGACUGUUCAGUUGCGCCUGAAGCCUGCUUUCUUUCCGAGUGCUGCAAGGUAAUUAAAUAGUUGGUUAAUCACUUUUAACGCCAAGCAGCUGCAGCUCCAUCUACAGUGUGCUGGAAUCUGGGCUAGACCCAGAUGAACCCAGCCUUGAUUUGGGGGCUCCAGCAGGACUUACAGCACUGUGGUUGGUGGUGGUGGGGGCAGGGGGGUGGUUGCAUGACAUCUGGACCCAAGAGGCAGCUGUUGUGGCAGCAAGAGACUGGAGAGAGAUGAGGCCCCAUUCCUAUAUGGCUCUGCCCCCAGGGUCCCACAUCCUCUGUUAAAUGAGGGACUUGGGGCAGGGGGCGGUCCCUCCAUCCCCUAGGGCUGGGGCGCCUAGCUGCCCAGCCAUUGAUCAGGCCAGCUUUCUGGAACCAACCACCCAAAGCACCAUGGGGCUGUGGUUCCCAGGCCUGCCCUGGAGCCCUGUGGAGUCUGCCCACAGGGAUGUGCAGGAGCGGUAUUGUAGAUGUCUCCUGCCAUCAGCUGUCAGGUUAUUUUGGUCCAAACUGAAAAUACUCCAGGAAUUGUGUGUGGAGUACCCCCAGCCUGCAGGGUGGGACUGCAGCAGUCGGGGAGGCCGGUUGUGUCUAAGGGCAGCCUCUGGAGAAGCGAGGAGUUCUCUGUGGUGAGCCUGCCUCUCUAGCUCCCCAGGGCCUACGUGAGCUGGGAUGUCUUCCUUUUGGUAUCUGGCAAAGAGUGGCCUUGGCUAUGGAAGUGGUAAGGGCAUCCAGGGCCCUGCCGCUGCUCAGGGAGCUUGGCACUGUUUGGGAUACCCCCAGCAGCACUCCUGGGACCUCCCCUAGCUUCCCCCCUUCCUCCAGGGCCUUGGCUUCUGGCUAGUCAGGGGCCCUAUGUGGGGACAGUUAUGUGGCCCUGGGCAGAGAGGUCCCGCCGUCUGUUUGCUGAAGGAGGAAAAACAACACUCGGGCUAUUGAUUCAGCCUCACCUUGGCGCUCCUGGCUCAGCAGCCAGUGUUUGCCCUGGCUUUCUGGGCUCGGAUUACGCAAGGCUGGUGGGCGUGGAGCAAGCAAGGGGGCAGCUGGGGGCCUCCAGGCCCAGGCAGGGCAGGGCUUGGCGGCCCCAGCGUUCCCCAGGAAACUGUAAAAACGAGCCUGGGCCCCUGACUUUGCUGAUAGCGGCCAUCUCAGCCAUAGAGGGAGGUGAAGCCUCUGUGAUCUCCACCCCCGCACCCCCUCAGGACAUGGCCCCUAAAAGCACCAUCCCAUUUAGGGUCACCCAUUUUCUUCCUAGGAGCUGUGGGGCUUUGCAAAUAACUCCCUAUGGCUGAAUCUGCUUUGCUGAACUAGGAAACCCUAGUGAGUUGUAUAGAUGCCAUUCAUUUAAAAACCUUGAAAAGCCAACAUCUUAUUCCUAUGUAAAAUAUACCUAGGUGAUUUGGAGAAUAGUGACACAAAGAAGAAAAUAACAAUUACUUGUAAUUCUCACCAUCUUGAGAGAACCACUGUUAACAUUUUUUAGCGUGUGUCCUUCCAGAUUUUGUUUUAGUUUGUAUAAAUAUACAUGUAUAAAUAGUUUUUAAAAAAUAAAAUGGGAUUAUGUGUACAUACUGCUCUAUAAUGCAUCUUUUUUACCUUGAUCAUGGUGAAUAUUCAUUUGCUGUUUCUGAUUUUGAGUGACUCAGGGCUUCAUAGUCUUCAUCCUGCUUCUUCUGUUACACUUUUUUUUUUUUUUUGAGAGGGAGUCUCGUUCUGUCGCACAGACUGGAGUGCAGUGGCGCGAUCUUGGCUCACUGCAACCUCCACCUCCUGGGCUCAAGCAAUUCUCGUGCCUCAGCCUCCCAAGUCGCUGGCACUACGAGCACCCGCCACCACACCGGGCUAAUGUUUGUAUUUUUAGUAGAGACGAGGUUGCACCAUGUUGGCCGGGCUGGCCUCGAACUCUUGACCUCAGGUGAUCCACCCGCCUCAGCCUCCCAAAGUGCUGGAUGACAGAAAGUCGGCACUCCUCACCCUCCCGAGCCCUGCCUGUCUCGGCCCCAUGCCCCCACCAGUCAGCCCCGGGCCACAGGCAGUGAGCAGGCACCUGGGAGCCGAGGCCCUGUGACCAGGCCAAGGAGACGGGCGCUCCAGGGUCCCAGCCACCUGUCCCCCCCAUGGAGCUGAGGCCCUGGUUGCUAUGGGUGGUAGCAGCAACAGGAACCUUGGUCCUGCUAGCAGCUCAUGCUCAGGGCCACAGGGUCUUCACCAACACGUGGGCUGUGCGCAUCCCUGGAGGCCCAACAGUGGCCAACAGCGUGGCACGGAAGCAUGGGUUCCUCAACCUGGGCCAGAUCUUCGGGGACUAUUACCACUUCUGGCAUCGAGGAGUGACGAAGCGGUCCCUGUCGCCUCACCGCCCGCGGCACAGCCGGCUGCAGAGGGAGCCUCAAGUACAGUGGCUGGAACAGCAGGUGGCAAAGCGACGGACUAAACGGGACGUGUACCAGGAGCCCACAGACCCCAAGUUUCCUCAGCAGUGGUACCUGUCUGGUGUCACUCAGCGGGACCUGAAUGUGAAGGAGGCCUGGGCGCAGGGCUACACAGGGCACGGCAUCGUGGUCUCCAUUCUGGACGAUGGCAUCGAGAAGAACCACCCGGACUUGGCAGGCAAUUAUGAUCCUGGGGCCAGUUUUGAUGUCAAUGACCAGGACCCUGACCCCCAGCCUCGGUACACACAGAUGAAUGACAACAGGCAUGGCACACGGUGUGCGGGGGAAGUGGCUGCGGUGGCCAACAACGGUGUCUGUGGUGUAGGUGUGGCUUACAACGCCCGCAUUGGAGGGGUGCGCAUGCUGGAUGGCGAGGUGACAGAUGCAGUGGAGGCACGCUCGCUGGGCCUGAACCCCAACCACAUCCACAUCUACAGUGCCAGCUGGGGCCCCGAGGAUGACGGCAAGACAGUGGAUGGGCCAGCCCGCCUCGCCGAGGAGGCCUUCUUCCGUGGGGUUAGCCAGGGCCGAGGGGGGCUGGGCUCCAUCUUUGUCUGGGCCUCGGGGAACGGGGGCCGGGAACAUGACAGCUGCAACUGCGACGGCUACACCAACAGUAUCUACACGCUGUCCAUCAGCAGCGCCACGCAGUUUGGCAACGUGCCGUGGUACAGCGAGGCCUGCUCGUCCACACUGGCCACGACCUACAGCAGUGGCAACCAGAAUGAGAAGCAAAUCGUGACGACUGACUUGCGGCAGAAGUGCACGGAGUCUCACACGGGCACCUCAGCCUCUGCCCCCUUAGCAGCCGGCAUCAUUGCUCUCACCCUGGAGGCCAAUAAGAACCUCACAUGGCGGGACAUGCAGCACCUGGUGGUACAGACCUCGAAGCCAGGCCACCUCAACGCCAACGACUGGGCCACCAAUGGUGUGGGCCGGAAAGUGAGCCACUCAUAUGGCUAUGGGCUUUUGGACGCAGGCGCCAUGGUGGCCCUGGCCCAGAAUUGGACCACAGUGGCCCCCCAGCGGAAGUGCAUCAUCGACAUCCUCACCGAGCCCAAAGACAUCGGGAAACGGCUCGAGGUGCGGAAGACUGUGACCGCGUGCCUGGGCGAGCCCAACCACAUCAUUCGGCUGGAGCACGCUCAGGCGCGGCUCACCCUGUCCUAUAAUCGCCGUGGCGACCUGGCCAUCCACCUGGUCAGCCCCAUGGGCACCCGCUCCACCCUGCUGGCAGCCAGGCCACAUGACUACUCCGCAGAUGGGUUUAAUGACUGGGCCUUCAUGACAACUCACUCCUGGGAUGAGGAUCCCUCUGGCGAGUGGGUCCUAGAGAUUGAAAACACCAGCGAAGCCAACAACUAUGGGACGCUGACCAAGUUCACCCUCGUACUCUAUGGCACCGCCCCUGAGGGGCUGCCCGUACCUCCAGAAAGCAGUGGCUGCAAGACCCUCACGUCCAGUCAGGCCUGUGUGGUGUGCGAGGAAGGCUUCUCCCUGCACCAGAAGAGCUGUGUCCAGCACUGCCCUCCAGGCUUCGCCCCCCAAGUCCUCGAUACGCACUAUAGCACCGAGAAUGACGUGGAGACCAUCCGGGCCAGCGUCUGCGCCCCCUGCCAUGCCUCAUGUGCCACAUGCCAGGGUCCGGCCCCGACAGACUGCCUCAGCUGCCCCAGCCACGCCUCCUUGGACCCUGUGGAGCAGACUUGCUCCCGGCAAAGCCAGAGCAGCCGAGAGUCCCCGCUGCAGCAGCAGCCACCCCGGCUGCCCCCGGACGUGGAGGCGGGGCCGCGGCUGCGGGCAGGGCUGCUGCCCUCACACCUGCCUGAGGUGGUGGCCGGCCUCAGCUGCGCCUUCAUCGUGCUGGUCUUCGUCACUGUCUUCCUGGUCCUGCAGCUGCGCUCUGGCUUUAGCUUCCGGGGGGUGAAGGUGUACACCAUGGACCGUGGCCUCAUCUCCUACAAGGGGCUGCCCCCUGAAGCCUGGCAGGAGGAGUGCCCGUCUGACUCAGAAGAGGACGAGGGCCGGGGCGAGAGGACCGCCUUUAUCAAAGACCAGAGCGCCCUCUGAUGAGCCCACUGCCCACCCCCUCAAGCCAAUCCCCUCCUUGGGCACUUUUUAAUUCACCAAAGUAUUUUUUUAUCUUGGGACUGGGUUUGGACCCCAGCUGGGAGGCAAGAGGGGUGGAGACUGCUUCCCACCCUACCCUCGGGCCCACCUGGCCACCUGAGGUGGGCCCAGGACCAGCUGGGGCGUGGGGAGGGCCGUACCCCACCCUCAGCACCCCCUCCAUGUGGAGAAAGGAGUGAAACCUUUAGGGCAGCUUGCCCCGGCCCCGGCCCCAGCCCCAGCCCCAGCCCCAGCCCCAGCCAGAGUUCCUGCGGAGUGAAGAGGGGCAGCCCUUGCUUGUUGGGAUUCCUGACCCAGGCCGCAGCUCUUGCCCUUCCCUGUCCCUCUAAAGCAAUAAUGGUCCCAUCCAGGCAGUCGGGGGCUGGCCUAGGAGGUAUCUGAGGGAGGAGGCCACCUCUCUAAGGGCUUCUGCACCUUCCACCCUGUCCCCCAGCUCUGGUGAGUCUUGGCGGCAGCAGCCAUCAUAGGAAGGGACCAAGGCAAGGCAGGUGCCUCCAGGUGUGCACGUGGCAUGUGGCCAGUGUCCCAUGACCCACACCUGUGCUCCGUGCCUCCACCACCACUGGCCACCAGGCUGGUGCAGCCAAGGCUGAAGCUCUGGCUGAACGCUGUGCUGGUGUCCUGACCACCCUCCCCUCUCUUGCACCCGCCUCUCCCGUCAGGGCCUGAGUCCCUGUUUUCUGAGCCCGGGCUGCCUGGGCUGUUGGCACUCACAGACCUGGAGCCCCUGGGUGGGUGGUGGGGAGGGGCGGUGGCCCAGCCGGCCUCUCUGGCCUCCCACCCGAUGCUGCUUUCCCCUGUGGGGAUCUCAGGGGCUGUUUGAGGAUAUAUUUUCACUUUGUGAUUAUUUCACUUUAGAUGCUGAUGAUUUGUUUUUGUAUUUUUAAUGGGGGUAGCAGCUGGACUACCCACCUUCUCACACCCACCAUCCGCCCUGCUCCUCCCUGGCUGCCCUGGCCCUGAGGUGUGGGGGCUGCAGCAUGUUGCUGAGGAGUGAGGAAUAGUUGAGCCCCAAGUCCUGAAGAGGCGGGCCAGCCAGGCGGGCUCAAGGAAAGGGGGUCCUGGUGGGAGGGGCAGGCUGACAUCUGUGUUUCAAGUGGGGCUCACCAUGCUGGGGGCUCAUAGGUCACUGGCUCUCCAAGUGCCAGGGGUGGGCAGGUGGUGGCAUUGAGCCCCCUCCAACACUGUGCCCUGGUGGAGAAAGCACUGACCUGUCAUGCCCCCUCAAACCUCCUCUUCUGACGUGCCUUUUGCAUCCCUCCCAUUAGGACAAUCAGUCCCCUCCCAUCUGGGAGCCCCCUUUUCUUUGUCUCCCCUAGCCAUUCCUGGUACCCAGCCACCUGCCCAGGGGUGCCCCCUCCUCUCCCAUCCUCCUACCCUCGUGGCCAGCCCGGCUGGUUUUGUAAGAUACUGGGUUGGUGCACAGUGAUUUUUUUCUUGUAAUUUAAACAGGCCCAGCAUUGUUGGUUCUAUUUAAUGGACACGAGAUGAUGUUAGAGGUUUUAAAGUGAUUAAACGUGCAGACUAUGCAAACCAG